CACGUGAAUACCUGCCCUGAGCUGAGCUCGAGAUUGGACUGGAGGUGUUUUGGGGUGGUAGAGAAGAACGACACAAUACAACAUGUCUCUUACUGUGGUAGUGAAGUCUGCUUCUUCUCUUCCAAACUUGGAGAGAUUCAGCAAGAGUGAUCCAAUGGCUGUCCUCAUUUUCCAAGGAGUCAAGCAAAAGACAAAGUCCAUCGAUAACAACUUAGACCCUGUUUGGGAUGAGACUUUAGAAUGGCCGUUAUCGGUUGCUCCAUCACCUUCGGAAGUGAUCCAAAUUGACAUUUAUGAUUACGAAAAGCUUGGAAAGAACAAGCUAAUGGCUAGAACUGAGUUCAGUAUGCGUGAAGUUAUCAGUAAAGGAUCAGCUAGUCCAACCUUGACAUUAAAGGGAAAGAAAGGAGAUGUCCUCAAGUCAACGAUUAGUUUGACGAUAUCAUAUACUGCCCCAGACACAGGAGGAGGGGGUGGGGGAGGAGGAGGAGGAGGAGGAGCAACUGCUGGAGGAGGAGGAGGAGGAGGUGAUGGAGAAGAUGAAGACGAAGAUUUUGAUGCUGGUGGUGGUGGCGAUGGCGACGGUGGAGAUAUUGGUGGAGAAGGAGGGGAAGGAGAGGAAGCAGGAGGGGGUGAGCCUGGUGUGACCGCCAUUGAUCCUGAUUCUGUUGGAGCUGGAACUGUGGAAGCGAGGAAGAAAGCAAAGAGGAGAGCUGCUCGAGCAAAACUGUCAAAUAAGCCAAUGGACUUUCAGGUUCGUGUGCAUGUAAUUGAGGCUCGAAAGCUACAAGGUGGAGGGUUGAACCCUGUAGUUAAGGUAGCUUGUGGACAACAGAUUAAGGGAACCAGCUCAAGAAAAGGAACUAAUAAUCCUUUCUUUGAUGAAAUGCUUUAUUUUAAUUUUAACGAGAGGCCAGCUGAACUGUUUGACAAGAUAUGUGAGAUAAAGGUCCUCAAUGCUAAAGUGUUGCUCCUGGAGUCUUUAAUUGGAUCGUUCAAAUUUGACAUUGGAAUGGUUUACGAUGAACCAGAGCACUGUUUUAUUCACAAGUGGCUCUUACUAACUGAUCCUGAUGACCCUUCCGCUGGCCCUAAAGGCUACCUAAAGUUCUCUAUCAAUAUCAUUGGCCCUGGUGACGACCCCAAGCCCUCUCCCUCCACCAUCAGCCAGGACUCCGUCGAUAUCGAGGCUAACUUGCUCCGCCCAUCCGGCGUGAGGCUCCAAUCCGGUGUCCUGUAUUGUCGCAUCUAUCGAGCGGAGGACAUGCCUCAGAUGGAUCCUGGGUAUUUCGAGGGUGUCAAAAAGUUCCUCAAGGUUGGUACCGUUCAAAAGGAGCUCGUUGAUCCGUAUUGCACUGUCAACUUUGCUGGUCACAAAGGAAGGACUAAGGCUAUCAUGAAUGAGCAGGAUCCUGAAUGGAACACACAAGUUAAUCUCGCCAUUAGGUUUCCGUCAAUGUGCGAGAGAAUCAAAUUUCAAUUGAAGGACUAUGACAAGUUGAAUAAAGAUGAUUUCAUUGGCACGUGCUUUCUUAACCUCACAGAAAUAUCAGCUCCUGGUGACAAUGGUUUUCUUCCUACAUUUGGUCCGUGUUUUCUUAACGUUUAUGGGUCUCCAAGAGAAUUCACUGACUUGCCGGACAAGUUUGACUACCUCAACAAGGGAAAGAUUGAUGGCGUGGCUUACAGAGGCCGUGUCAUGGUUGAACUCAACAUGGAGAUCGGCAAGCAGCCAGCUCAGCGCUACGAAGACAUCAAAAUUGUCGACAUCAACAAAUUGACGCCGUUUUUGAGAAGAAGAAAGUACAAACUAUUUGCAGCAUUUUUCUCAGCCACAAUGAUAAAACCAGCAGAUUCACCUGUUGAAUUUGAAGUGUCUAUAGGUAAUUAUGGUAACAAGCUGGACGAGAAUGUCCCCGCUCAAGCCUCAACGACUCCUCCCUCUAAUCCUGUUUAUGACGGGAAUGCGUAUUAUUAUUUGCCAUGGACCCAGCAGAAGCCCUGUGUGGUCAUUGACAGCCAGUGGGAGGACGUUUCGUUCAGGAUUGCAACACAAAAUAUUUUGUUACAUAUUGCCGAUAAACUGAAUAAUGGCUUGCAACAAGUCCAGAUUAAGAUGACACAUGAGAAGUACGACCACAAUGAGUGUAGGGACAUCUUACUGACUGCACUACAAGAUGCACUGGAAGACAUCGAGCACGGAAUUCCUGAUCUUCCUCCUACUGGUUUUACACAGCUUGACAAAUACAGGCACAAGUCACGUUUAGAAGAGCUUGGUUUAAUGCUAGGAGAAGCUAAGCAGUUGUUGACAACCCCCGAGGGGACUCCGGUCGAAAACCUCACGCUACAACCUGUCAUGGACUUGGUGGAAGAGUUUCAUUCAAGACUCAAGAACAUUGCUGUAGAGCCUCAAAACUGUAUUCCUGAUGUUAUUGUUUGGAUGCUCUCUGGGAACAAGAGGGUCGCCUUUGCAAGGAUACCGUCCAGUCAACUCAUGUAUUUAGAAAAAGCUAAAGAAAGAGGAAUCAAGUGUGGAAAGAUCAUCAACCUCAGGCUCAAGCCACCAGCAGUUGAGAAGGAGUCAGAUUUGGAGGGAACUAAUCCACCUGGGGCCCUCCUUCGUGUUCUGAUUUGGUUAGGACUUGAACAGCAUCAGAGUGAAUGGGCCAGAUCAGCUCCAGGAGGUGAAGUAGCUGUAUUUGCAGAGACUUACGAGAACAACGCAUUCUUCCUUGGUAGAUGGGGCACCACAGCCCUAAUGAGACCCAAUUGGUCUGACGCUAAAGGAAAGAUAGUCCAGCCUAUGGAAGCGUUUGAGCCACCACCUGUUGGUUGGAAAUGGGACGGGGAGUGGGAGGUGAAGCCGGAGUUGAGUAUUGCCUAUGAACCUGACGAGGGACUCAAUGAAUGGGCCGAAGAUAUUUAUGAGCAUCAGACUAGACGACCUUUCUCUAGUUGGCCAGCUGAUAUGUCACAGUCUUCAUGGUUCAAUGUGCAUGGUGAUGAGUUUAUAGAGGAGGAUGGUAAGAACAAGAAGAAACUAACUCGUGAUGACGUUGAGCUCCCUGAGGGCUGGUCCUGGUCCACUGAAUGGCAGGUGGACACCAACAGAGCUUGCGAUGAAGAGGGUUGGGAGUAUUGCCUGGAGCCAGAGAUGGGUGCUUGGAAUCCUUUCGAACGGAACCAUCACCACACGAGGAGGAGGCGCUGGGUCAGGACUCGUACAAGAAUACUGGACGCUUCGAUUGUAGCCAAGAAAAAGAAAAAGAAAGAGGCCCAGAUAAAGGAAGGUUAUGAAUACGCUCGGUUCCACAACGCUACGUACCACAGCACUGAUCAUAAAUUGGACCUUGCCAGAAGAAGGCGUUGGCUUCGUAAAAUGAUAGCAACUGAUCCUGGGAAACCUCCAAUAUUCUAUUUCAAGGGAGACGAAAAGAAAAAGAAGAAGAAGAAGAAGGAUGAUGACAGCGACGAUGAAGAGGAGGACACUAGGAAACAGCAGGCACCGAGAAUGUUUGUGACCUUUAAAGAUCCUUAUAAAUAUCAUUUGCGUGCAUACAUAUAUCAAGCAAGAGAUCUUUAUGCCAGCGACAAAUCUGGUCUAUCAGACCCUUAUUGUAUCAUAUCGUUUGAUAGAUACAGUCAGACCACGAGAUAUGUUCCAGAGUCUUUGUGUCCAACUUGGGACGAGACUAGGAUUUUUGACGGCAUCAGGAUGUUUGGGAGUCCAAAGGUCUUCCAAGAAUGUCCGCCAAAGAUAAUAGUUGAAUUAUUUGACAAGGACACCAUAGGUAAAGAUGAGUAUCUUGGUACGGUAGAGUGUAUCCCCACGGUUAAACUAUCUAAUGAUGAUGCUGGUGCCAGGCUCCAAUGGUUUGAAGUCAAGAGGUACGGGCAGUAUGCUGGGGACCUCCUUGCAGCCUUUGAGCUAUUCUGGGAUAAUGAUCGUGUUGAUUUGCCUUUUGCUCCACCAACUUCUGAUGAGGGUCACUUCCUUGUACCUAGUGGUAUCAGACCAACCCUACAGAAAACUAGAAUUGAAGUGUUGUGUUGGGGUGUACGAGACAUGAAGAGGUUUAGAUUGCUCCAGGUUACAUCCCCGCUGGUUGAGUUAGAGUGUGGAGGUAAUGUUGUGAAGACGACUCACAUUAAAGACACUAAGAAGAAUCCUAACUUCCCUGAGCCUGUCAUAUCCAUGGAUGUUCUUUUGCCUAAAGAAGAGAUGUAUGCUCCUCCAUUUAACAUCAAAGUCUAUGAUAAGAGGGCAUUUGGGCAGCUGCCAAUGGUCGGAUGUCACGUUAUUAAAACUCUUGAGGACUUCCACGUUGACCCGUCCCCUGGCUCACUAGUAGCUGGUAGGGACCCCACAUCUUCUGAAGGUACAGGCAUGGUUGCUAUGCCUGGUGAAGGAGGUGAAGAUGUUGCUAUAGCUCUUGAAAAGGAAGGAGAUGUGCUUGAUACUGACCCUGACAACAAGAAAGACGUCAAGUUUGACUGGUGGUCGAAAUAUUAUGCUUCAAUAAAAGACGAGAAGAGAACACAGCAAGAGUACCUUGAUGAAGGACACGAUUUGAUGAAGGUAAUUGAAGGAGAGCUGGAAGAUGCCUAUAACAAUUUUAACGAUCUUGCUCAAACGUUUCACCUUUAUCGUGGUAAAGGUGGGCGUGACCCUGAUGACCCCGAGGGUCAAUGUGUCGGGAAGUUUAAAGGCUCCGUUAAAGUUUACCCACUUCCUGACGAUGGAUCUCCUGAACCGCCUAAAAUCCUGAGUCAUAUCCCGGCUUCAAAACCAGUUAAAGUUAUUGUUAGGGUUUACAUCGUUAGGGGUAUUGACCUUCAGCCUCAAGAUCCAAAUGGAAAAUCUGAUCCAUUCAUUAAACUGGCCAUUGGAAAGCACAAACUCAGUGAUGUUGAUAAUUACAUUCCUAAUAAUCUCAAUCCUUUAUUUGGUCGCAUGUACGAGCUACCAGCAACCCUCCCACUCGACCACACCCUUGAGAUAAAGGUCAUGGACUAUGACAGGACCUCCGCUAAUGAUUUGAUCGGAGAAACGACCAUUGAUCUUGAGAACAGGUUCUUGACCCAGCACAGAGCUAUCUGCGGCCUACCAGAAACAUUUUCCAAGCGUGGCCCCAACCGCUGGCGUGACUAUGAGCUACCAAAGGAUAUUCUCAGUUGGUAUUGUAAGACCCAGCGAUUCCCUGAGCCGGUUUGGAUGGGAACAGAAGAAGUGUUGUUUAAUGGAACCACAUACACACUGGACCAAUUUGAAAAUAUGAAGCCCUUGCAUUCUGAUGUUGGUCUUCCUGAGCAGCGACUAGCACUCCAUAUUUUACGCCAGCAGAACAUUGUCCCUGAACACAUUGAGAAAAGGACCCUCUACAAUCCAAUGUAUCCUGGAAUAUCACAAGGUGCUCUACACAUGUGGGUGGAUAUAUUCCCUAAGUCCUCGUCUCCUCCUCAACCUGUUGAUAUUGCUCCUCGUAAACCCGAGCCUUACAUCCUGAGGAUUUGUGUCUAUAAUACGAAAGACGUCAUUCUUGAUGAGGUCUCGGUGGCUACUGGUGAAGCAAUGUCUGAUAUAUACAUUAAAGGGUGGUUGCGUGGGGAAGACGAGACUCAGAAGACUGACGUUCAUUACAGAUCAAUGGAUGGAGAGGGAAACUUUAACUGGAGGUUUGUGUUCCCGUUUAAGUAUCUAACAGCUGAGGAAACCAUGGUCAUACAGAAGAAGGAACAUUUUUACAGUCUUGAUAAGACUGAGAUGCAUUUGCCACCUCGUCUGACUUUGCAAGUUUGGGAUAACGACCUUUUCUCUCCUGAUGAUUUUAUCGGUACUGUUGAUUUCCAUCUUGCUGCUCUCCCCCAAAGUGCCAAGAGUGCAGAGGAGUGUUCUCUAGAGCAGCUACCUGAGCCAGGGCGGGAAGUUAAACUUGACAAUUUGUUUGAAAGGAAGAGAGUGAAGGGUUGGUGGCCAAUGUACAGCGAAGAGGAAGGAGAGAGGACACUAUCAGGUAAAGUUGAGUUAGAGAUGGAGAUAGUUACGUUAGAAGAGUCACAGAUCAGACCAGCUGCUAAAGCUCGUGACGAGCCCAACUUGAAUCCGGUACUUUUGGAACCAAAACGUCCGGAAACCUCAUUUUUUUGGCUCACAUCUCCACUGAAGACAUUUAAGCAUAUUGUGUGGAAGUACUACAAGUGGCACAUAAUAUUUGGUAUAAUUUUGGUAUUGACCAUCAUAAUGCUGGUUAUAUUCAUAUACACAGCCCCGAAUUUCUUGGCUCAAUAUCUGUUGGAUCGUAUCCUGCCAUUCUAAAUAUAGAACUAAGACUUUUUGCCAUCACAAAUAUAAUUUUCCUUUUUUUUCAAACGCUUGGUUAAUGACUUUUAGACUUUGUAGUUCUCCUUUUAGUUGCUAUAUUCCAUUAUUUUUAGUUGCUUCAUUUUGUAGUCAUUGAUUAUUAUUAUUGAUUGAUUAA